AUGUCUAGUGACAAAUGUGCAUAUUUUAACUGCACAAAUACACGUAGAAAUACAUCAAAUAUAAUAUUUCAUCCUUUUCCAUCAAACGAAGAAAGGUCCAAAAUAUGGAUAAUUAAUUCUGGAAAUAUUAAACUAGAAUCUCAAAGUCCUAAAAAGUUAAAAAAGAAGUUUGUAUGUUCAUCUCAUUUCGAAAAAAAUGCCUAUUCUAAUCCCACAGACCCAAAAUCACGACUAAACCGUAAUGCAGUACCAAACAAAUAUAUAAGUGCAUACACACAAGUUGAUGAAACAAUCAUAACGACACCAAAAAAAUCACGACAUCGUCGUCAACAAUUUACAGAUGAAAUGUUUGAAGAUUCAGAGUGA